UUGGCCAAGCUAGUCAAGGAAAAGGCGAGUUCUGGUCAUCCCGUGAAAACAGUUCUGUAUGAUUCAAUGAUGCCAUGGAUUUUGGAGAUAGUGCAGGGACAGCUAGGCCUUAAAGGGGCUGCGUUUUUCACUCAGGCUUGCGCUGUUUGCGCAAUAUUCAAUCAUAUUCAUCGAGGAACGUUGAAAGUUCCUCUAGAGACAUCUACCAUAUUGCUUCCUUCAAUGCCACAACUGGAGUCGGAUGAUCUGCCGUCUUUUGUUUAUAACCCUAGUCCAUACCCGGGUCAUUUGGAUGUUGUCCUCAGUCAGAAUAUAAACCUCGAGAAAUCAGAUUGGCUCUUGUUCAAUUCUUUUGACAAGCUAGAAAAUGAGGUAGUGACCUGGUUGACAGAACGGUAUCCAAUCAAGACCAUAGGCCCUUGUACUCCAUCCAUGUACACUGACAAGCGAUUGAAAGAUGACAAAGAUUACACCAUCAAUUUCUUCGCACCAGAUUCAGAAGCUUGCCUAAAAUGGCUUGACACCAAGGAAACAGGCUCAGUUGUUUAUGUAUCCUUCGGUAGUGUCUCAGACCUUGGAGAAAAUCAAAUGCAGGAAAUAGCAUGCGGCCUGAUGAAUAGCAACUGCAACUUCUUAUGGGUAGUUCGACCUUCUGAAGAGAGCAAAAUUCCUAGAGGUUUCAUGUCCGAGGCACAAGAAAGAGGUCUAAUCGUGAAUUGGUGCCCUCAAAUAAAGGUUUUGUCGCACAGGGCGGUGGGAUCCUUCAUGAGUCAUUGUGGUUGGAAUUCAACAAUUGAAGCAUUGAGCUUGGGUGUGCCAAUGGUGACCAUGCCAGUGUGGGUUGAUCAACCUACAAAUUCUAAGUAUAUUGUGGAUGUAUGGAAGGUAGGAUUGCGAGUUAAGGCGAGCGAGGAAAGGGAAAUGGUAACAAGAGAAGAAGUAGAAGGAACUAUAAGAGAAGUUAUGCAUGGGGAGAAGGCAAGUGAGCUUAGAAACAAUGCUUUGAGGUGGAAGGAGUUGGCUAAGGAGGCAAUUAGUGAAGGAGGAAGCUCAGACAAACACAUUGAAGAAUUUGUUUCCAGUCUUGAAAGCAUUUAGUUAUAUUAAUAUCCAAUUUUCUUCA